AUGAUGGCAUCUCCACACCGGCUUCAAUCUUUCCCUUCCAAGCCGCGAGUUUUCAUCCUAAGCGACAUCUCCAACGAGCCGGAUGAUGCGGAGUCCCUCGUGCGCUAUCUCUUGUACUCCAACCAGUUUCGUACAGAGGGACUGGUCGCAUGCACAUCAACAUGGAUGAAGAACAAAGUCUGUCCACAAGAUAUGCACAAGAUCAUCGACGGCUACGAAAAGGUCGUCGACAACCUCAAUGCGCACGCCAACUCAGACGACCCAUACCCAACAGCACAAUACCUUAGAUCUAUAAUCAAGAAAGGCGCAGAGACAUACGGCAUGACAGCAGUGGGAGAGAACAUCCCACUCAGCGAAGGCGGCCAACUCCUCCUAGAAAGCAUUGAAGCACAAACCGCCGAUCCCCUCUGGAUCCUCUGCUGGGGUGGCACAAACGUGCUAGCAUCAGUUCUCCUCCGAAUCCAAAACACAUACUCUGCAUCCGAAGCCGCAGCACUACGAGCCAAGCUUCGCAUCUACACUAUCUCCGACCAGGACGACACAGGUGUCUGGCUGCGCACCACCUAUCCAGAUCUAUUCUACAUCUGCUCUGUGCACGGGUGGUGCCAAUACGGCAUGGCAGCGUGGACAGGUAUUUCGGGAGACCAGUGGUACGGGUUCGACAAGGGCGGACCUGAUGGAAGAAAGAUCAGCAAAGAGUGGAUACGGGAGAAUAUCCAGAUUGGGGCUCUUGGCUCGACGUAUCCUGAUUUCAUGUUCAUUCCUGAAGGGGACACGCCGACGUUCUUGUAUCUGAUUCAGAAUGGGCUGGGUGUUGCUGAGAGGCCUGAGUUUGGGUCUUGGGGUGGUCGGUAUAUUCAGACUGAUGUUAGUGGUCGGUAUGGUGCGGGUCAUUAUAGUGAUACGCCUGAUGAGGUGGAGGGGCUGGAUGGACGGAGUCAUAAGUCUAAUCAGGCGACUAUUUGGCGGUGGAGGGAUGCUUUCCAGACUGAUUUUGCGGCGCGGAUGCAAUGGUCCCUUUCUUCGGAUUUGGGAGUGGCGAAUCAUCAUCCUGUUGCGAUUGUGAAUGGGACGAGAGGUCCUGCGCCGUUGGUUUUUGAGUUGGAAGCUGGCUCGUCGUUUAAGCUUGAUGCUUCGCAGUCUUAUGACCCUGAUCCUAAUGACUCUCUCACCUUCAAGUGGUAUCAGUACAAGGAUCCCAGUGCGACGCAGUGGUCUGUUCACCACGAGGUGGGCGAGCUGGGUAUCAAGACUCUCAACGAGGCCAAUAGUCUCAUUGAAGUUACACUGCCUACGCCUGAUAAAUGCUGUGUUGAGCUGAUCAGCCGCAAAGCAAUUCCAAAGGGACAGUUGCUACACUUGAUUUUGGAGGUCAAGGACAACGGGUCCCCUGCUUUGACUACAUACCGACGAAUUCUCAUCCAGACAACAAACGAGAAGCUACUUGGUGGCGGUGGUGGUGCUGAUUCAAUUGGUGAUACCAUGAAAGAUGUCAUGCAUUAG